GGAAAGGCCAAUGGUGUCCGUGCGAGGAGAGGAGGAGGACGUCAUUUCCGACAGCUUCGGCUCUGCAGUGUGGUUCUUUCGGUGUGAGCGUCGCGUGCGUGCAGGGGGUCGAGUCGAUCGGGUGACAUGCAGUUGGUCGAAGGGAUCCUCCUCUUCGCCUUUCUCUUGCUCGUCCAUCCGUUAUUUUCCCACGGUGAAGAGGAGGACGAUGAAGGGCAGGACCAGGAGACACCGUCCUUCGCGGAAUUGCUACUCUACCGCCUCGACGCAGAGUACGUCUGCGGCGAGCCCGUGCUUUUGAGUUACAUCCGUAGCGUGGAGGAAGUGGGAGGACCGAUGACGGAGUCGACGAGGAAAUUGCUCACACUCUGUUCCAAGCCUAAUAUCGGGAUGUCCGUUCAGGGAGAUAAGCCCCAGCCACGAGGUCGCGGUCACGGACGAGUCUCCUUCUCGGGACGCUCGCAGCCAUCCAGCAAAGAUGGGAAGAUCUUGGGAGAGAAAUUGAAAGCCCUGGAGAAGGAGCAUGCAGUCACAAAACUGGGCUGCAAACCCAAGAGGACGAUCGUCCCCGUCGUGGAAGAGGGGAACACGAAUGGGUCCAUCUAUUACCCGUCCUGUGUCCAAAUGAAACGGUGUGGCGGGUGCUGCACUGCCAAAAACCAAGAUUGUGUCCCAGUUCGUGGACAGGUCGAGACUGUCAAUAAAGAGGUGUUGAAGAUCGACCCGAGCAAAAAGGGAGGACCAGAGAUGAUCCAGGUCCCAGUGGAGAGACACAAAAAAUGCCGCUGCGAAUGCAAGGUCAAAGCGGAGGACUGCAAUACUCAACAGAAGUAUGAUAUAGAUAGCUGCUCGUGCAUCUGCCGACACACUGCGCCCAAGAACCUCUGCAAACCGGAUUUGCACAUUUGGGAUGACAGCACCUGUCGAUGCGCUUGCAAGAAGAAGAUCAAAAGAUGCAGCACUGGCCUCGUCUGGAACGAACGAGAUUGCAGAUGCACCCAGUACUCCAGCCGCAUACUUUCACCGCAAGCCGAUACGCUGAGAUCGAGGGGAAGUGCAUCGAAUUCUAGUCCCGGUGGAAAUCGUGUUUUGGAUUGGUUCAAAUUCCUCCUCCUUCUUCGCCAGACUGGUGACUGGGCACACUCACCGAUCUAAACGAACUGGGUCAAAAGCAGACUAAAUUCACCGACUGUGCAAAAGACGGCAAACAUUGAGUCUACAGAUUCAUUUAUAUCAGUCGACUAUCUUAGGAAUAUGUCAGUAUGGUUCCACUGCAAAACAAGCACUGCAACAUACCGCAGUGGGUCGAUAGUGAAAACUGUCUCGUCAAUUCCUGGAGCAUGGCUUCGUGCUCCAUUGGCAGCUAUUCUUUCCCUCUUUUUUUUGCCAUAUUACCAAAGCAAUUGUGGUUGUUUUUUUUUUUCUCAGCCACCCUACAAUUCAUCCACUGAUGACAGCCUGAUUGACAUGCAAUCUGGACAUAGCUCUUUAUUACCAACAACCCAGGUAAAACCGCUUCCCAAGACUAGAGUAGAGAGGAGCUGUCUUGAAAAAUAGAUCUCUAUCUAGGAGGAAUGUUCCUUAGGGGUAGGGUCACAGCACCUCCAAAUCACAGUGACGCACUUCUGGAUAUGUUUUCUGCCAAGAAAGGAAGAGUUACUAGGGUCUAAAUUGGCAAGCAUGGGGUGACCAAUAAAUUGAUUGAUGUCUCACCUUCAAAAGAGAUUCAAUCCUAUCAAUCUCAGCACCAAGUAGAUCUACGAUGUUUUCUCCAUGUUUCAAGAGGAAGGCCUCAACCUCGUCGAUAUUCUUCAUUUGCUUCAUUUCCUGUGAAAAAUAUGAAUACAGUCUUGAUUUCUCAAGUUGAGACAUAUGUACUUAGAAAAAAGACAAUCCACAUCUCAUUCUGCUAUCAAUAC